CAAAAUAAAUAGUACGAAAUAAUGACGAGACAGUGAAAUAUCACUUAACUGUAGUAGAUAGUUAAUCUACUUACGAUAUUAAAUCUACUGACACUUGGCUGCCUUUCAUUUUCGUCAGCAUCUCAUGUGGCUGGAAAAGUGAAGGUAACUGUGGAGUAUGAGGGUUCGAAUGGAAACUCAAUUGGUUUUACCUUUUUCGAAUUUAUCAAGAAAAAUGAUCAAGUCAUACUUGGAGAGCUCUCGGAAGUUAAGCUGGGCCAGUCUAUGAUUUUCAAUGUGUUAAAGAAUGUUCUUGGAAGUAUUGAAUCAAGUGGCAGUGGUAUUCAAGAGGCAACCCCUUGUGGUGCAAGAGGAACAGGAGUAUCGAAUGUGACUAAGAGGAGUUACGCUCUACCUGAAAAAAUUCUUACACUACUUGUUUACAAAGCUGCUGAAAUAAAUGGCCGUGAAUUUCUCGAAAUGGUCUUUAACACGUCAGCUGGAAGAGUAGUAUUUAAUUACUACAGGAAAAGUUCUACAUUACCCGGAGAUGUUGCUAGAGCAAAUGGACAUAUCAUUUUAGGAGACUUCCUCGAGGAUGUGAAUCAAAGGCUAUCAAAGGAAGUUUGCAGUGAAGACAGCUAUGAAACCGUUAAUUGGUUAGAGCUUAAGCACGCUGUGGAGAAGAAAGUUUGUCUACCUCGUACUGAUGAUGCCCAACUGGUAAAUUCUCCAGAUGGUAAUGAUAACCAGAGUGACUACGAAGCAGAUGAUGAAGCAUCACUGUUGCCAUCACCUGCUGACACUAAUGCAAGUGGUGGUGAACUAGAUGAUUCAGAACAUGGAGAAAUAGGGCAAAUUACUCUAGAUGAGAAUGGUUCUCGUGAUUCAAUCGCGACCGAAGCCGAAAGGCAACGACAUCAGGCAGGAACGGAACGGCAGGCGGGGAGUGGGUCUUUAUUCACAAACAGAGAUGAUUCUGAGAUAGAAAUGGAAUCCUUGUCUCAUGGUACAGAUAAUGUGGAGAUAAAGAGUAAUCCUAGAGUUUCUUGCACUGAUUAUUCCGAAAAGUCCUUUUUAAACUCGGCUCAAGGUAAAAUAGAUGUAGCAUUAUCUGUAAUUAUUUGA